UCCAAUCUUUCAAACUUGCCUGACACCUUUCCUGACCUCGUUGGGUUUGUUUUUAAAAACACAUGGUCUUUAAAUUCUUGCGGUUCUUAAGGCACACUCUCUCCCGCCUCCACCGUGAUACAGUACUUAGUUAGCGCAGUUAGCUGGCAGUAAGUGGUCGUGAGCUUAUCCUUAUCUCUAUUUAAUGUUGACCCCUGUUAUGGAGUGUGGAAUGUGACUGAAUAAAUCCUUUAUUAUCAUCUUAAAGCGGAAUAGAAACUGCAUAAAACAACUUGUAUAGCAAGCGUUUUCAGCUUGGGUUUUCUUUUAAUUUUGCAUCUUAAAAAAAAUAAUAUUAAAGCUAAAGUCGCACAUCUCUCCCCGUCUCAGUACCACAUCACAAAGAAACGUUGCGUUGUCAUCAGGUGGAACAGCAGCAGCAGUAAAAGCAACAACAGCACAUCGACGCUGCUCUUUGCACCACUUUGUCUGAAUCUGUGCCAACAGUAACAACAACUCGGCACAGACCAGCACGAGCACUGCCAGCCACCGUAGAAAACAAUAGAGAGGGCAACUAGGGUCAUUGUAUGACGUGUCAUUGACAGAGAGUUUGUGUCUCAUUGUGUAUUCAACAUUUUAAAGCUAUUUGAGUGAAUUUGGUACUAUAUGUUCAGAUAAGACAGUUGCCACCUCAUCUGUGUGAUGUAAUAAAGCCCAGCUCUUAUCUAUUAAGUGUCAUUCUCAUUUUUACUGUCACACUGAUUGUAUCGUGAACAAGAUUCUAUUUCUGUAGAAAAAUUGAAAAGAGGCGAUUUCUACAUGAAUUAAACUCAAUGCUUCUACAAUAAAUUCCAGUAAUGAUGACCUUCUUCAGUCUUAGUCGCGAGUAUUAGAGAUUUCUGCUGCAGGUUGAUGGUUAGCUGUGUAAUUUCUUUACGACUGCCGUUAACUGGGUUUUAAAUGGGUUUUAAAGAAUAGAAGAAUACAGACUAAUAGUUAUCAUGAAUAAGAGAGAAAAUGAGGGUAAUGGUGGGGGAUAGUUAGUCUUUGUGACAGUUUUUUUUUUUUCCUUCUUGGGUGGAGGCUGGGAGGUCACCCAUCCACCCACCACUAUACCCCCUCCCCUCCUCCGUCCUCCCUCCUGCCUUGGCUAGUCUCCAUGUGCCGGGCUCAGGGCCUUGGGAAUGAAUGGCGCCCGGCCUCUGCUCCGUCUUUGAAGCCAGCCAGGAAUGCGAGGCCUCUCUUUUUUUUUUCUUUUUUCUACCUCCCCUCUCUCUCUCUGUUGUUCUGGCGGCCGGCAGCACUAGCAGCUAUCUGCGGCAGUGAAAUAUUCCCUCCGCUGCGCUCAUUGUGCAUCGCAGAGCCGGACGUCAUCGGCUGGCCAAUCAGUGGCUCCCGCUAGGCAGCUUCGGGUCUCGGUGGGGGGAGAAGGGGACUCGCUAGAAGUCCUUCUCUCUAAUAUCUAGCUCUCCUGGUUACUUGGUCUGGUCCCUCUUUUAGAGAGAAGAAAGAUGUUCUGAAAAGAAAAAAACGUGGAUCAUUCAGCAAAUCCUUAUUUAAGUUGUAACUGAGGACACUUUUCUUUCUCAGAUGGAAAUCAGGAAGGUCAGCGACUUAGGCUCAAAGUUUGGGAGCUACUGAGCAGUCCAUUUCAAGAGACUUCAAGAGGAAGGAAAAUUACCUAAAUAGCGACAAGCGUGACGGACAACCUGAUGCAAAUGCGUUGGUGGUAAUUUCCCCAGUUUCAGCCACAAGGAAGACACAUGCAUCAGCGCACAUACACGUACGUCAUAUGUACAAACCCUGCCCUUCCCUUCCUGCCAAUCCGCCCCAGUCCUCCAUGGAUUCCUACAACUUACACUUUGAGAGAAUGAGCAACGUGGACCUGCAUCCUCUGAGCCUGCCUGUCAGCCGGCUCUCCCCAGCCAAGUCCAACAGCAGCAUUGCCGACCAACUCACCCACCACCAACACGGCAAAGGAGACUCCGCAUACAGCUCCUUCUCUGGCGGGUCAACUGCCCCGGACUACCCCUCUCCUUUUCUCCCAGACGACCUCCAGUCCAGCUCCUUCAGCCACUAUGCUGACCUUAAGUACGUAAAAUCCAUUUACCAUCCGACCCAGGUCCUGCAGUCUGACUCAAAGACCAUGGACCAGCUCUAUCGCUCUGUGGAAGCGAUCUCACAGCAGUAUCGCAAUAAUACCAGCACCAAUGUAAACCACCACAACCAAAACGGCUAUAACAGUCUCUAUACCAACAACAAAGCUCUCUCUAAAAAAGAGGGGCCUUUGGGGGCUCCAUCCCAAGGUGCUUACCCUCCUCUCCGUCCUCCUCCAGUCCCAGCACGCCUGGAUAGUUUUAUAGCCAUAAAAAACUUGGAAAACAGCAGGGUCCACCAUCAAGGUACUGGGGUUCAACCCCAGCAGCCACAGCCUCAAAAACAUCCCAAACCCCACAACCGACUCCAUCCACAGCCCCAUGGUCUGAAUACCCCAAAACCUGAGACGGCUAACCCAGACACGGGUAAAUCAAGCUUAACUUCUGACCCAGUCUACUCAGUUUGGAGAGGCUCUCAACAGCAACAGCCGCAGGCCCAGCAGCCACCAAGCUACCGCCCUCGCCUCCAGGCUCACGAUCAGACCAGGGCGCCGUUGAACCCAGAAUACAUUUUCAUCACGGAUAGCAAAGCGGCCUCUGAGCAACAGAAGUCAACAAACAUCCUAGGCCGAUCACCUCCCCGAGGCACGAGUCAGCCUGAGCACCUGAAAGUCAGACAGCCCUCAAGCAGCGGUGGAUGUAAUGGAGACCAUCCCAACAAGUCCAGUGGUAGCAAUAGCCAUUUUGAGAGUCAACGCAAAAGGGCGGACUCGGCUCAUGUUUGGCUUGGUUCAGAGCCAACUCGAGCUGCCAGCCCCUGGAAUGCUGGUCAGAGUUUAAUCAACAGCAGCAUCCAGCACAAGGGUCAGUUCUACUUUGUCACAGGAGUGUGUAAGUCUGAAUCCGGAUCGAGGACGCACUCUGCAUCUGUGUGUGGGUCUGAGGCUGGGAGCGAGAGCUCCACCGUGUUGGAGACACACCGGCUAAGAGAAAAAGAAAGAAGCCACAGCACAAUGGAUAAUUUGUUUCGACCGCUCCAAGAGAGCUCUCGCUCGUCCAGCGGUGUAAUUCCAGAUGAGAGAGAGACCUUCAGUUCCCAGAGCUUGGACCUUUCCUCCAGAAGCCCGGAUCAGGAGAACCAGAGACUGUCCUACAUCUCGACGCAGUCCUCUCGAAGCUUCGAGGCCUUAGAAGAAAUCGACACGAUUCAGAGUCGAGAUAUCGGGCGCCACACUGCCAACAACCCUAUAUUCUACUGUGGACCUGACAGAAACUGUCCACCGCAUUCAACCAAACAGACGAAGGAGGUCACCCCGCUGAUAAACAACGAACAGCCCAACUACCACAAGAGAGAGGAGCAGGCAAAGAGAGGGAAAUGGCAGCCAUUGAUGGAUGUAGCCAGCGAGAGGAUAAACAAAGAAACAACCCCGCUUCUGUACCACCUCACUGGAGCCAGCAGGGCAGCGUUACAGCCUAAAAAGGAUGCUGAUAUCAGCAUAAAAGGCAAUGAAGCAAUCCCAAACAGAAUAGGUCAUGAAGACGUGGCUGUUGAAGAUAAGGAGAGAGCUCCGAAAAGCGACACAAGCAGCAAAGAUAGAGGGGAAGUUAUCUCCGUUGCCUGCAACACUCUGGAUGACUCAUUUAAAAAGUACUACAAAGAGAAGCUGAAGGACGCCCAGUCGAAGGUCCUAAGGGAGACGUCGUUUAAAAGAAGGGACCUGCAGCUGUCAUGGCCAAACCGAAUCAGGCCAAAACCCGAGCUGAGGCCCACCGUGAUUCACGCUUUCUCCCCAUCACAGGACUCUGAGACUUCCACAGACACACUCACUCCCUCUGUGACCUCUGAGGAGACAGAGAGGGGGAGCAUAAAAGAAGAAGUCGGGGAGAGUCGGGAGGAGAGGGACAAAGAGACUGAAAAGGAAAACGGGAGACCGGCGAAUGUGGCCCAGCCCCAGGUAGCACGCAUCGGUGGGAGGAAGCGACUGACUCAAGAGCAGAAGAAGAUGUGCUUCUCUGAACCAGAGAAACUCAACCAGCUCGGCGGCGGCGGUGCCCCCAUCCACUCUGCAUGCCGCUCCUUUGGCAACGAAAGCGAUGGAGAGGAACGCUGGCAGGACGGAGAGCAGGGACUGGUCGCAGCACGGAGGAGGAUGUUUGAGACAAGAGGCAGAGCCCUUUCGGCCCCAAGCGCUUCAAAGACAAACUUAAAACAUCUGCAACAGAAGGCCCUGGUGGCAUACAUGGAGCGUAAGACGGGCCAGAAAGUGGCCGAGCCACAGCAACCGGCGCCGCAGACACCAUCUCCAUCCAGACAGAGGCAUUCUCUGGGGGAGAAACCCUUCGAUUGGGUUCCCAGGCCUCUAUCAGGAAAUCAUGAAGGCAAAAACACCAAGAAGAAACUCCCCAGACCUCAUUCUGCGGGCCGCAUCCUUGACUCCUCCACCAGCUCCAUCAGGUAUGCCCAGUUCUUCUCGGCUCAGUCUUGUUCAGGCCAGUACGCUGGCCAGUUGAAUAAACCCAGAUGGAGGGAGAGCCAAGGUCCAGCUCAGGGGAAGGCUGCCUCAGUGGAGAGUCUCUUGGACCAGCCAGAACCACCCAGUUUCUUCAGGAUCAGAUCCACAUCCACACCACAUGCAUUUCAGCCACUCGACUACGAGGAGGAUCCAUUACCAGCUGAUGCUAUGGAAACCUGGAGUCCCCAGACGAAUGCCACUGAGGACUCCUUAACAAAGCCAGCUGCUGAGGUCCAGCAGCGUGUCCGCGUGGUCGCAGAGAGGGGGAAGUCCAUGGAAGAGCUCGGGGCAUCAAAGUUAACGAGACCGUCAGCCUUGAGUAAAAGUUCCGAGCAGCUGGAUCAACUGUGGAGGGAUUCGACUCGACCAGUAGGACCGGACGGAGACAAGAGAGGUGUUCCGUUCUUUGCGGAAGUCAGAGAAGCCCAGGGGCCGGACCGAGGGAGGAAGAAACAAAAUGUAACGGAGCAAGUGGGCAAAGAACCAGAGAUCGUUGGUCAGACGAGCACCCAGGGACAGACACCAAACCAAACCCAGAAAAGGUCUCUGUUGAAGGAGAACUCAGAACCAAGCGAGGAUGCCACAGUAGGAACAAAGAAUCCAAGUAGAUCCACCUCCCCGGCCUCCUCCUACUCUUCCCGUGCCAGGGUUCACUCUGGAUCUCCUGGUUCUCACGGCCCGGUCACAGACGGGUUCAGGUCCAGUACACCGCCCAGCGAGACUACAUCUGACCCACCUUCCCCCAGAUGUCUAGAGACCAGUGAGAGGGAGAUCAAAUCCACCACGUCCACCCCCACCCAGACAAAGCUUCCUUGUGAAAACACGCCUAGCUCCGGUAGAGUCAGCACUUCUCUGUCUAGGACUGGAUCAGAGAGAGAGCAGUCCGUGGAUGAACCAAGCAAAGUCGCCCUACAGCCUGAUUCAAACCAUGAAGUGUCUUUGAGCUGCGGCGUCACCACGGAUCCGUCACUGUGGAUCCUCCGUCCAGAGGAAGAGAUCAAAGAGGAAGUCCAGACUUCACUGCUGACGGACGUUUUUGACGACGAGUCCACCAGCGUGGCCCCUCCAACGCAGACAAGUGAAACCUCUGUGUCCUCCUGCACCUCCGUCUCCGACACAGACAUCAGUCAGCAGGUGGAGGCGAAGGAAAAUCCCGAAACGGAAGAUGAGAAGUCGAGAGAAACCCGGGAGAUAGAGGAGAGGAGAAGACCGGAGGCAGAGACGGAGAGCCCGGACAGGCCCGCUGAGAGACCUCAGUGGGAGGAGCUGGUGGAAGCGGCGGUCAAGGCCGACCAAUCGCUGGCCAGAGUGCUCUACCCACUGGCCAAUCGUAAGACGGCACUGAUGCUGAUGGAGCAGCUGCUGUCAGAGGACACGCUGCUGAUGGAGGAGCACUACAAGAAGAAACAGGAGCAGAAAGGAGCUGCAGAAAGCGCUGAAAUGGUGGCAGCGGCCGAACCAUCGCCUUGUCCUUCUGCUCCUGACGGCCUUAAACCUCAGCGUGCAGACCUGCAGAGCAAAGCUGACUUCACUGAGAAGAAGCGUCUGUUAGCAUCGUACAUCAACGAGCGUCUACGCUCGCUGGAAGAGACGCGGGACGCCCUCCAGACAGAGAUUCAGGAGAACGUGGCCCACGGAGAGGCCCUGGAGGUGCUGGUCCGGGACCGCUGUCUGCCUGUGGAGCUAGAGAGGUACAACCUGUUCAUAGGAGACCUGGAGAGGGUGGUCAGCCUGCUGCUGUGCCUCUCUGCUCGGCUGGCCAGGGUGCAGAACGCCCUCAGCACCGUGGACCAACACACAGAUGCCGAGGAGAAGCAAUCUCUGGACAGUCGCCACCGUCUGCUGUGCAAACAGAGGGAGGACGCCCAAGAUCUGAAGGACAACCUGGACCGGAGAGAGAACCUGGUCUCCACCUUCCUGUCGCGCCAGCUGUCCGCCGAGCAGCUGCGGGACUACCGGCGCUUCGUCCAGACCAAGGCCUCGCUGCUCAUCCGGCACAAGGACCUGGAGGAGAAGCAGAGGCUGGGAGAGGAGCAGCUGGAGGCCCUUUCCAACAGCCUGCAUCGGUGAAGGGAGGAGCAACGCAAGCACAGAUUGCUCCUUUUCCUCUUUCCUUGACUUGCCUUGGAAGGAGGAUGGCUUAUUCAAAAAAAAGACCUGUAGAGAGUUUUGGCUGUACACUUUGCACUCUGUUCUGAGUUCCUUUUGUCCUGUAAAGGUUUGUCAGGGCGUCUGGGGAACCUGCUGCUGCUCCUCUCUUAUUACGUAGGCUGCACGUGAGAUGAGCAAUAAAGACCGUUGAGACUGGAGCUUCUUGCCUUUCUGCCAUCUAACGAGGGUGCCCGGGACACUCACCCGAUCUCCGCCCAUUGUGCAACAUGCACCUGAAGACUUUCCCCAAUGUGUCGCACAUGUUCCCGUUGACUUUGAACAGAGGAAUGAGCUGGGUUUUUUUUAUUUUUUCUGUGUGCCUUGACGUUGGUGUUGCUGUGGAACGUUUUCCAAUUCAAGCUGCUGUGUGGAAACUUUACGCCCCCCCCCCCCCUUAGCAAUUCAGCAAACUGUCCUUCACUUCUUCAAUGAGACGGUAGCGCUACAGCCCUGUAUCUGCACCUGUGGAAACCUAUUAUAAGCUUUAAGAUUGUAUCUGGACCUGUGAGAAGGCUUCAAUGGAGCAGCGUAGUCGGAGAGCUGUGUCAUGUCGCUAACAUGUACAAUAGAU